UUUGUUUUUCACUCUCGGCCGAUUAGUCAUUUUUUUCGAUGUCUCGCGAGUGCACAUUUCUUGUUGUCGGCGGCGGCAUUGCUGGCGUCUCCUGCGCUGAAGCCUUAGCGAUUUGUGCAUCCAAUGCGUCGAUUUUGCUGCUCACCGAAUCCAGCAUUGUAAAGAGUGUCACGAAUCUUGUGCCCGUUGCCCGCUAUUUACAUAAAUUCGAUGUGCGAGAGACAAAUGUGACCGACCUAAGCGCUGGCAUUACAACAAUUGUGGAUCAACUGGUGCACAUAAACAGCAGCGAACACUGGGCACGUACCAAGACUGGAGUAAUCAUUAAGUACCGCUACAUUUGCUUAUGCACUGGCGGAGCACCAAAGUUGUUUAACGCUGCGAAGUGUGAGGAGCGCAUUAUUGGCAUACGCGAUACGGACUCAGUACUGGAGUUGCAACGGCGAUUAGCUAGCGCUAAAGAUGUGUUGAUCCUGGGCAACGGUGGCAUUGCCAGCGAAUUGGCGCAUGAGUUGCAUGAUGUCAAUGUGCAUUGGGUUAUCAAGGAUGCUCACAUAUCUGCUACAUUUGUAGAUCCCGGUGCCGCCGAGUUCUUUCAAUUAGCCAAAUCAGAGACUGGAGAGGAACUAGGAGCGGCAGCUGUCACAACGGCCAUCAAACGCAUGCGCUACAGCGAGGAGGAGCAACUGCAGCAACAGAGCAAACGUGGCGCCGCCUUGGGUCCAGAUUGGCAUCGCAACUUUGACUUGGCUGGCGGUGACGCAGCCAGCAGUCGAAGGCUACCGAAAGUCUAUUAUAAAUCACAUAUCAAACACAUCGAGCAGUUGCCCAUUGACGGGACUUUACAGGUCACAUUGAAGCACGAAGAUGACAGCCAGGAGCAACUCAACUGUAACUUUAUUGUCUCCGCAACGGGAGUGCAGCCUCGUCUUGAUUACACCACAGAUGUACCGCUGCAACUAGCCGAAGAUGGUGGCAUAAAUGUGGACGAAAUGAUGCGGAGCAAUCUUUGCGAUGUUUAUGCGGCUGGCGAUGUCUGCACAGCUGCUUGGGAUCCGGCGCAGCAUUGGUUUCAGAUGCGUCUGUGGACACAGGCACGCCAAAUGGGCGCCAUGGCCGGUCGCAGCAUGGCUGCGCAGUUCGAGGGUGAAACUGUCUAUCAAGACUUUUGCUUUGAGCUCUUUGGGCAUGUGACGCAGUUGUUUGGCUUUCCCGUUGUGUUGCUGGGACGCUUCAAUGGUCAGGGAUUGGGUCGAGAUUAUGAACUGCUUGUGCGUUGCACACCCAACAAAGAGUACAUUAAGUUUGUGCUUCAGCAAGGUCGACUGCGUGGUGCCAUCUUAAUAGGAGAUACUGAUCUUGCCGAGACCUGUGAGAAUUUAAUACUCAAUGGCACCGAUCUGGAGCCAUAUGGCGAUGAUAUCCUUAAUCCCGAUAUUGACAUAGAAGAUUACUUUGAUUGAAAGACUAUGUUGUUUAUAAUUAAAUAUUUACUUAUUCUAA